GUUUAUUUGGUGAGAUGAAGUGGUCCAAGAAUUUCUAUCUCUUAGCAAUAUUGUGCAUCUCUACCGAGCAGACCCCACCUUUUUCUGCUGAGUUUUACUAUCUCGACUCCCUAACCCAGGUACCUACAAGUAGGUAGUAUUGUUCUUGAGAUGUUGCUACCAGCAACUUUGUUACGAGGCUCGACGCUACUCUGGUUGCAGAUGUCUAAUCUAUCAGGUAAAUUGAUUAUAAUGCAGUGGUACAGUUACACAGUCUGGGAGUAGCACACGCGAACGCCACAGCUCUACCGCCACAUUAAAACAUGGAGGGAAGGAACCCUCCUGCAGGGCCAAUGCCCAAUCACAUAGCACUGCUCUCUCAGGCCAGACUCCGGCCCUGUCAAUGGACCUAAAAAAAAUCGAGAUGGGGAUUUGGAGAUAAUAGAUGACAUCGUCAGUACCAAAAGACUACUGCUAUUGUGCAUUAUACAUCGCGAAUUCUAUAUUGGCGAUAACCACGACUCACCGAUACUCCUGACGGCUUCACAACGAACCGCGACAUUCCCCCUAGUUGUUAAGAACAACGAGUCCUUCGCCGUCUAGUCAAUACUAUCAAUAUGUUCGGUGGAUUCGCACCCCCACAGCUCUCUGCCGAGGAGAUGCGACAGCUUGAAGGCGAGGCCAACUUUACUGUCAAGUCGUUCUUCGCGACCGCUCUCGUCCUAUAUAUCUCUCCCUUCGUCGUCGACGCUGUCUCUGGCUUCUUGUAGACGACACCCGUGAUACUAGAUAGACUCGACGCAUAAG